CCACAACUGCUAAAUGGAUGAGGAAGAGGUGUGGUGGUGCCAUAGAGCUGUAUUAUUCCCCACUAUAGCUACUCUUGCUGUAAUCUUUGUGUUAGGCGCAACUGGCAACAUCUGCUCUUGUUUGGUUAUUAUUAAAACAAAGUCCCUGCAUACGCACGCCAAUUACUGCUUGUUGAAUCUUGCUGUUUCGGAUAUGCUCCUCCUUUCAGGCUUGAGUUUGCAAUAAGCGAGGCAUAUGGUCUUGGUUCAAUGAUCUCUAUUUGUGCUUUUACAGCGGAGCGGUGGUUGGCUGUAUGCCAUUCCCUACGAAUGAAUGUAAAAACGAGGAAAUUUUGUUGGACUUUUGCGAGCAUUAUCUGCUUCGUCUUGGCAUUCCUCACUGGUUUAAGGACGGAAAAUUUUUCGGUUGAAGAAGUCGAGAUAGGCGGAAAUAAGACUAUCGAAAUAUGUUUUGGGGAUGUAUCGGAUUUCUAUACUUACACGACGCUCAUAAUAUUCGUAUUUUCUUAUUUGAUCCCAGUUUUAAUGCUUGCAACCAUGAGCUUCCAAAUUGCGGCCACUGCACGCCGAGCGGCUCACACAGUUCAGACGGAAUGCUCUAGAGCUUCCACCAAGAUGAUCAGCCUUCUCGUGGCUGUGGUUGUGUCCUUCUUGAUUUGCUGGUCGCCAGCUCAGAUAUUGCGAUUGAAUAAUCUUUUUCCUGUGCUGAAUUUGACGCCGCUCGAGGGGGCAGUCGCUGGUAGCAUAGCGGCAUGUUGUUAUUAUCUGAACUGUGCCGUAAACCCUAUCCUAUACAACAUGUUUUCCCAAAAAUUUCGUGAAGCACUUUUACAUAUGGUUAAUAGUGGAAGAGCAACUGCGCCUGCGAGAAUGACUUGUUCAACCUCUGAUGGAAAUCACAAACUGCAUCUCGUUGAAUCGAACAGAUGGGGCAAAAAAAUUCCAAAGAAGCUCGUCAUUGGUCAUAUAACUAAAACAGAUAAGGACGAUAUGAAUGGCAAAGAGAAGUUUCGUGGCUUAAGCAUGCCUCUUUCAAAAUCACUGCCGCCUGCCCUGUUCUCAGAGUCAGAUGAACUUGGAUCGGACAAUAGUAGAGAACCUGUUAUCGACCCAUCACUGAUCUAUCCUACUCGAAGACCGAGGUUUGAUGGCGGCAUUGCAUUUCCCCCUGUACUUCCGAUGAUUCAAGGACAAGAUCGAGGCCUACCGUUUGGUACAGUUCACAAUCAGAUGAGUUUUAGGAGCACAUCUCGGAGAAAGUCGAAAGGGGAAUUUAGGAAGGAACACUGAGUCGUCUGACUUGUAACUAUUCUAUCAUUCUCUGUCUGCACAUUUGGUUUUUUGUUUGUAAAAAACUUACGA